AUGCACAGAGCGAGCUGCCACAGCAGCAGCAGCAACAGCAGCAGCAGCAACCGCAGCAGCAGCAGCAGACAGCCGCGAGCAGACACGGAGGAGCCUGUCGUGUCUGCUGCAGCUGCUGCUGGGGCUGGUGAUAAGCAGAUAACUGCAGCAAAGACUGCAGCAGCUUCUGAAGCAGCUAAAAAGAAAGAAGAGCAGCACCAGCUGCCUGUAUGUCUUGCAAGCAGCUGGGCUCGAGCGUAUAGCGGCUACAGACACGAAAGGCAACAGCAACAGCAGCAACAGCAGCAGCAGCAGCAGCAACAACAACAGCAACGACAGCAACAGCAGCAAUACCAGCAGCAGCAAUACCAGCAGCAAUACCAGCAGCAACAGCAGCAGCAACAGCAGCAGCAACAGCAGCAGCAGCAACAGCAGCAGCAGCAGCAUGAUAAACCUCGAAGCAGGGGGGCCCCCUCUGGGGGCCCCUCAACUGGGGGGGCCCCUGGGUCUGGAGGCAUCUUGCUGACUCCUAUAAGAGAUCUCUUCCCUGGCUCUGCACACCCAGGCGUUUGUUUCUUUCACUUGUUUUUUAAGUGUCUCUCUCUUGUGAGGUGA